AUGGCUUCUGUAAAUCUCACCCAAGUGACUGAAUUCAUUCUGAUGGGAGUCUCAGACCGCCCAGAGCUGCAGAUUACCCUCUUCCUGCUCUUCUUGGUCAUCUACGGGCUCACUGUGACAGGGAAUCUGGGCAUCACCCUCACCAGUGCUGAUUCUCGGCUUCAGACCCCUAUGUACUUCUUUCUCAGACAUCUGGCUGUCAUCAAUCUUGGCAACUCUACUGUCAUUGCCCCUAAAAUGCUGGUCAACUUUUUAGUAAGUAAGAAAACCACCUCAUACUAUGAAUGUGCCACACAACUGGGAGGAUUUCUGGUUUUCAUUGUAGCAGAGAUCUUCAUGCUGGCCGUGAUGCCCUAUGAGUGCUAUGUGGCCAUUUGCAACCCCCUGCUCUACAUGGUGGUGGUAUUUCGACGGAUCUGCCUUCUGCUGGUGUCCCUCACCUACUUCUAUGGCUUUUGUACAGCUAUUGUCGUGACACCAUGUGUGUUCUCUGUGUCUUACUGCUCAUCCAACAUAAUCAACCAUUUUUACUGUGACAAUGUCCCUUUGUUAGCACUGUCCUGCUCUGAUACCUACAUUCCAGAAACAGUGGUGUUCAUCUUUUCAGGGACAAAUUUGUUUUUCUCCAUGACCAUAGUUCUGAUAUCCUACUUCAACAUUGUCCUUGCCAUUUUGAGAAUACGCUCUUCUGAGGGUCGACAAAAAGCCUUUUCCACCUGUGCUUCCCACAUGGUGGCCGUCACUGUGUUCUAUGGGACGCUCCUUUUCAUGUAUUUGCAACCAAGGACCAACCACUCAUUGAACACUGACAAAAUGGCUUCAGUUUUCUACACACUAGUGAUACCAAUGUUAAACCCUGUAAUUUAUAGUCUAAGGAACAAAGAUGUAAAAGAUCAAUUAAAGGAGGCUCUGAUAUCCAGAUCUCCAGCUUGGCUAUUCUUACAUCUGCGACAGUGA